AUGGGCGGGCAAGGCUGGAAAAAGUACGUCGUGGGGGACGAGCUCGCGUCCUUUAAGCAGCAUGGCGGGCGGUCGUGGCUCAACCCGACCAUCCCGUGCUGCGAGAAGGAGUUUGUCUCGUGCGAAGAGGGCGAGAUCAGCCAGAUCGAGUGGGGAAGCAUCCACGGACUCCGAGGGACGCUGCCUGCGCAGCUCGGGCUCCUCACGUCCCUCAAGGAGAUCGACGUCGAGCGGACCGCCGUAUCGGGCACGCUGCCGGUCGCCCUCGCCUCUGCGGCCUCCGGGCUCCGACGGCUCAAGAUCAAGCAGACCAACAUCACGGGCACCCUCCCCCCCUCCCUCUUCACCUCGGGCACACUCGAGGAGCUCUCGGCCAAGCAGGCAUGCGCGCUGCAGGUACUCGACCUGCGGCAGAGCCAGUUCUGCGCGGGCAGCGCCAGCUACGCCGCCGACAGGCCCUGCCCCACGGGCUGUGGACGUGACGACCUCGCCAUUGCUUAG